AGGAAUGGGCAGUGGCUGUUCACAUUCAGCACACCUUUUCCAUUUGCUAAUAAGGCCCUGCCAGGCUGGGAGGGAGUUGUCUCCGCCUGACUCUGAAGAGAAGAGCCACGGAGCCGAUCCGCGGGCACCAUGAAAUCCCUUCAAGUGACCAUCCUUUGUCUUCUGCUCAGUCUUUAUAGCAGUAAAGAGGACACAGGUGUUAACGCAAUCACUGGUGUAUUACUAUCAACUCGUGCAACAGAAAUAUCUGUAUCAACAGCAAGCAUAAUACCAAAUCCUGUUUUGGAAUCAACAUCGGGAGCAUCUCCUAAAGGAACAACAAAAAAGGAAUCCUUAAAUUCACCUUUGCUGCCCACACUUUCUUCAUUAACUGCAACAAUUAAAGAUGAAGGAAACCCAACCAAGGGUGUCAUGAAGAAUGAGUUCACCACUGCAAAUGCAACAGUGACAAAUCCUCCACUUUCCAACUCUGCUUCAACAUCACAGAGUUCCCAACACAAGACUGAGAAUCAGAGUUCAAUCAAAACAACAGAAACACCAGUUAACAGUCUACGUCCAGAGACAUUACCUUCUAAUGCCAGUACAUUACCCUCAAUAUCAAUAACAACUCCAGGAAACAUCUCCCAGUUUCAAGGUACUGAGGAUGCAAAAAAUGCAAGCUCUUCUUCAGCCAGCCCCUCUUAUUCCAGUAUUAUUCUGCCAGUGGUUAUUGCUUUGAUUGUGGUGACCCUUUCAGCAUUUAUUCUUGUGGGUUUGUAUCGAAUGUGCUGGAAGACCGACCCAGGCACACCAGAAAAUGGAAAUGACCAACCUCAAUCCGAUAAAGAGAGUGUGAAGCUUCUCACUGUUAAGACAAUUUCUCAUGAGUCUGGUGAGCACUCUGCACAAGGAAAAACUAAGAACUGACAGCUUGACGAAUCCUCUCCACACCUGGGCAAUAAAUAUGCUUCAUCUUCAGCUUCUGUGCUCCAGGGGUAGCAAGGGAGAAAGCUUCAUGGACUCUUCCCUGAUGUCCAGUCCUGCUCUCCAGUCUGC